AUGAAUACGAUUUAUAAAUCUGCUGAACAACAAGAAAACAUUUCUAAACAACCAUCAAUUGUACUAACCAAUAUGUAUUCAUCAACAAAAAAUCAUCCAUUUAUUAGUAAAACUUCAACUAAUAAUCAUAAUGACGAAAAUAAGAACUAUAAAGAUGCCUAUACCGCUCAAGUAGUCCAACAAUGGAAUUCACAAACAUCAGAUCCACCACACCCUUCAUAUAAUCAUUUUUCUUCUCCAUUUGUUGAUCAACUCUCAUCAAAUAUCAAUACUACUUCCAAUCUAUUUAAUGAAAAUCUAUCAAAUCAAACUGAUAAGAAUAGUAAUAAAUAUGAUUUAUUAUCAAAUGUUGACCAAUCACAAAAAUCAACAAUGACAAUGAAAAAACGAGAUACACCGCUACCUGCAUCUUAUAUACAUCAAAGACGAAAUAAAAAAAUUGACUCUUCCAAUUCUAAUUCAUUUGUACCGCAUAAUAAUACUAAAGUUGGAAGUACAGCUGUAAAAAAAUCGAAAAAAUCAUCACCUAUUUUUAUCGCACCAAAAAAAACAUUACAUCAAACACCUUCACAUUCUUCUAUAUUACCAUUUGAUGAGUUACCUCAAAUCAAACGAAAAAAUACUCUCGAACGACCAAUAUCAAAUCCUGAUGAUCAGAAUAUUUCACCAAUGACAAAUUCAUCAGGAACAUCACCAUCGCGUCCUUUUUUUCAUUCAACAUCUAAUUCACUUGAUGAUGAAGCUUCAAGCGAUGAAAGUGAUCAUGAAAGUUUAUUAAUACGAAAAAAGAAUUCCGACAUAAAAGAUCAUCGACGUCAUUCACCACCUCCAUCUUGGUGUACUGUUCCAUCAGCUAUAUAUAUUACUGAUCCAUAUGGACAUUCACGUACAUUCGAUUCUGAUAAUAAUGAUAUACAAGAAGAACAAAAUCAAAACGAGCAAUCUGUUGAUAAUGAUUGGAAUACAUUAAAUCUACAUAAUACUAUCGAUAUUUUUACAUCGCCUGAAGUUAUAAUUACUCCACCGAUAAAUCUUGAUAAACAUCCUUUACAUAGCAUUGGUGAAGAAGAAGAAGAUGAAGAACAAACUAACUAUAAGAAUACGAAUACUGUCCCUAGAAAAAUUACUCGUAAUGUACCCGUAAUAACAGUAUCUCAAGCAGAUGCUGAUGUAAAAAAUGAAGAUAACGAAGAAACUUAUAAAGAACCAUUGAGUAGACGUUGGAGUGAUGGACAAGUUGAAGAAGAACAAGAAAAAAAUUCGUUACAACAACCAGCAUUAACAAAAACGAUUAGUGCAGCUUCAAUUAUAAAACAGACUGUAACUCCACCAGUUAAAAUAUCAAAAACAAAAUAUAUUCUAAUGAAAUUACAUUUAUCAUCAUCAAGUAAAGAUGAUGAAUCGAGUAUAUCAUCAACAACGCCAACCGCAACAACAAAUCCGCCUAGAACACGUACCGUACGUCGAUCAGCGGAUAAAAAACGAUCUACUACUUCAUUAUCAGUAAGAGAUGAUACAAAUUUAACUUCUAAACUUCAGCCACGUGAAUCUACAAGUACUAUUACAUCAAAAACUAAUAAUAAUCAUCUUCAAGUAGAAACUAAUUCAAAUCAUAAUGAUAGUAAUAAUAAUACUAGACAAUCAAAACCAGAAAUCUUUGGUAGUGUUGGACAUCUUGAUGCAGUUGAUAGUGAUGAUGAUAUUGAUGGAACAUUUGAAAAAGUUAAAAUGGGUUCACAAUUGAGUCUUAAUAGUGCAGUAAGUGAUGCAAAAUCUCGUUAUGGUCUUGAUAUAUCUGGUUCAAUUGAAAUAAAAUUAACCUAUACAUUAACAACAGGUGCAUUAGAUAUAUUCAUAGUUAAAUGUACAAAUUUAGCACGAGCAAAAAGAAAUAAAACAUCUGAUCCUUUUGUUAAAGUUUAUUUACUACCAGAUCGUUCGAAAAAUAGCAAACGUAAAUCAGUAAUUAAGAAGAAUACAACGGAUCCACUAUUUGAAGAAAAAUUUCGUUAUCAUGUAACUAAACAAGAAUUUGAAACUCGAGUCAUAUGGGUAUCCGUAUGGAGUCAAGGAUCAUUAUCACACAAUGAUUUUCUUGGUGAAAUACAUAUUCCAUUAGCUAAUUGUACACUAGAUGCAACAAAAGAAUAUGAAUUAUUAGCACAAAAGAAAAAAAAUGAUUUAUCACCAAAUAUUGUACCAACAAUGGAUCCAGCUGAAAUUUCGUUUCAAAUAACAUUUAUUGAAAAUCCAAAAAAUAAAGAUCUUGGAACAUUACAAAUAAGUAAUAUUGAAGCAAAAGCUAUUUUUUAUGGUAGACAUGAAGUUGAAGCAAUUUGUAAAGGUGUAUUAAUGCCUGACAAAAUUAAACGUAAAAUGCCAACAACACGUAAAGGUCCAACACCUAAUUGGGAAUUACCAUUAAGAUGGGAUGGUGUACGUCGAGAUAAUUUAAAAAAUACAUCUAUUGAAAUAAGUAUUUGGUGUCAAGAACGUUUUAAGAAGUUUAUGUUUGGAUUUAUACGUCUUAAUCUAUCACAAGGUCAUUUUGAUAAUAAACCAGUAACUUGGCUAGAUGCAACAAAAGCAGAAAAAGUAGCAUGGGAAACAUUUACUAACUAUCCAACACGUGUGCAUGGUUUCAAACUUCCACUACGACCAGCAACUAUUGAUCACAAAUAA